UGUUUUAAGUAUUGUGUCAACCGAAUGCACUCCUUCCAAUUAGUCACUCGCUUCGCCGCUCUGCUGCCUCUGCUCGCCUCCGAUCGACGUUUCAACUGGUCUUUCAUUCCAUUGCCAGGGGUGAGAUGAGGAACUCCGUGUCGGAUCGGAAUCUCUUCAUCGAGAGCGAGGAGGAGGAUGACGGCAUCAACCAGGAGGAAGGACGGAAAGCGCAGCACUCAGCUGCCGGAGAGUAUUCCGACGCCUCCGAUUCGUCUUCGGAGGAUGGGGACGGCGCGCCGCAUAGCAGGCCCAACUCGUACUCCACCAAUUGGCCCCAAAGUUACAGGCAAUCCAUGGACAUGUAUAGUAGCAUAACAUCGCCAAACAUAGGAUUCUUGGGGACUCCAACGCUUAGCAGAUUAUCUAGUUCCUUCAUUUCUUCUUCCUUUCGGUCUGUGAAACACACACCAGAAAUCAUCACAUCACUUAUAAGACCUUUGUUACCCACCACUGUCGUUGAUCAACAAGAAGUAGAAGUAGAAACAAGUCAGAGCUCACAAUCAUUACUACUGCCCUCAAGAAAGCCAUCCUUGGAAAAGAUACAAGAGAAGACCUCUGUUGAAUUUCUCAUUUCCAAAAAUUGUUCCUAUGGACAAGCAGUGCUCAAUGGAAUUAAUGUCCUAUGUGGGGUUGGGAUCCUUUCAACUCCUUAUGCUGUCAAAGAAGGGGGGUGGCUCGGCCUAUCCAUACUUCUAAUAUUUUCUGUGCUUGCUUGGUAUACUGGCAUUCUGCUGCGCUACUGCUUGGACAGCGAGGAAGGACUUGAGACAUACCCUGAUAUCGGACAGGCAGCCUUUGGCACCACAGGCCGAUUUGCCAUCUCUAUUGUUCUCUACCUGGAGUUGUAUGCUUGCUGUGUUGAGUAUAUCAUUUUAGAGAGGGAUAACUUGUCUUCUUUGUUUCCAAAUGCACAGUUGGAAUUAGGUGGGCUACAUAUGGACUCUCCUCUUCUCUUUGCCAUUUUAACCACUCUUCUAGUACUUCCCACAACAUGGCUUCGAGAUUUAAGUGUUCUUAGUUACCUAUCAGUUGGAGGAGUCAUUGCGUCUGUGCUCGCAAUCUUGUGCUUAUUUUGGGUGGGUGCAUUUGAUAAAGUUGGUUUUGAAAAUACUGGAACUCCAUUAAAUCUGCAAGGUAUUCCAAUUGCUAUUGGUAUAUAUGGCUACUGCUAUUCUGGUCAUGCUGUUUUCCCAAACAUAUAUUCCUCACUGAAGAAACCUAGUCAAUUCCCAAUUAUUCUCUUUACAUGUUUUGCAAUUUGCACCUUAAUGUUUGCUGGGGCUGCUGUGAUGGGUUUCACUAUGUUUGGGGAGUCAACUAUGUCACAGUUCACACUAAACAUGCCACAGAAUCUUGUGGCCUCCAAAAUUGCUGUUUGGACAACGGUGGUGAAUCCAAUUACCAAAUAUGCAUUAACUCUUACCCCUUUGGCCAUGAGUUUGGAGGAAUUUCUCCCAUCGAACCAUAUGAAGACACAUUUGUAUCCAAUUAUGAUAAGAACGAUGCUAGUUAUUUCUACGCUAUGUGUGGCACUCUCGGUCCCAUUUUUUGGAUUGGUGAUGGCUUUGAUUGGGUCUUUGCUCACCAUGCUUGUAUCUUUGAUUCUUCCAUGUCUUUGCUUCUUGAGCAUUCUGCGGGACAAAGUUACAAGGAUUCAGAGUUUGCUGUGCAUUUUCAUCAUCACAAUUGGAGUGGUUUCUUCCAUCUGUGGCACAAUCUCUUCCGUCUCAAAGAUCGUUGACAGAUUAAAGCAAUGAUACGACACCAAACAAAUCAAGUUUUGGAGGCUCCCAUUUUUAUAUCCACGGGACAGGACAACCAUGGAACUUGAACUUGGAGGACUUCCCUUACCAAACAAUUAUAGCAAAGUGUGUGGGGGCACCAAAGAAUUAAGCACAUCACUGAUCAGCUGCACUUGGCCAAUACGUGUGUGACUGUGCAUAUGCAGGUGACAAGCAUCAUCACACAAUUCAUUGUGGUGGAGAACCCACCCAAUGGAGUCAAGAUCAACGUCCAACGCCUAGUGCAGGUCAGUAACAUGUCAACUCAGCAAUCACAUGAAUUCAUUCUCUCAUUGAUCGGACUUCUAAUGUUAUAAAAGCUUGCCAUCCAACUAUUCAACUAAAUAUUGUUCCCAUCGGCACAUAUAUGACUAGAUCCGACUUAGCCUGAGACGUCAACCUUUCAGCCCGAGAUUUUAGAACAAGUGAUAUGCUAAUUAUAUAAAGUAGGCCAGACAAAACAUGCUGGUUUGGGAUGAGGUAGUUAUUGUUGGGUAGAGAGUACCAGAAUCCGAAUCUAUAUAUUUUGAUGUUAUCAAACAUUUAAAAUUAAGUCUUAUUAUGUUUUAAUAUAUUAUCAAAUGUGCAUACUGAAAGAUUUGAUGAGUUUAAAGGAUCAAAUACUAUACUGAAGUCUAGUUAGAUCAGAAAGAUUAAAUAAUUGGUAGGAAGUCCAAAUAAAUCAGAGAGGAUCUGAUACCCAAUAAGAAGUCUAGUUGGGUCAGCAUGACCUGACAACUGGCUGAAGUCCAGAUGGAGUAUCUGGCAGGAAGACUAGUGUAUCAGAUGUUAAGUGAUUUUGCAAAUGGUAAGUUAAGUAAGUAAUCGGA